AUGGAAGGUGUUGAAGUUAAUUUUGAAGACGCUAUUAUAGCAGGAGCAGAAAUUGGAAUGCCAUUAUAUAAUUUUGUUCAAUUAAUUAAACCAAUAAUAAAGAGUGCAGAUAGUCAACCAAUACUUGAAAAGAAUAAAGAUAGUCAAGAAACUGAAUUAAUAGAAGAAAAGAAAGGGGAUAAUCAAUCAAGACAUAAAAAGAAUAAAGAGAUGUGUAAAAUAUAUAGUUGGAAUAAAAUGGAAAUGAGUAUUUUUUUUGAUGAACAACAAACAAUAACAGGAAUAGAAAUUAAAUAUCCAUCAAUAUUUACAAAAGAUGGAAAGUAUUAUUUAAAGAAUCAUUGUGAAAUAAAUGAAGAUAUUAAAUUUGCUAUUAAUAAUUAUAAACAUAUUCAAGUAGAAUAUAAUGGACCAAUUUUAACUGUUAUUAAAUGUUAUUCAAACAAUGAAAAAAUGAAAUAUGAUUUAAAAGAAAAAUAUAGAAGUUUAAGAGAUGUUCAAGUUAAAGAUAAUAAAUUAUUAUUUUGUAUUGAUUCUUCAGGUUGUGAUGGAUGUAAAGAACUCUUUUUAGGAAAAAGUGCUGAUGAAAUUAAAGUAAUAUUUAAUAAAGAACCAGAUUCUGUUAAUGUUAGUAAUGGUAUUAUUGUUUGUUCUUUUUAUGACUUUGGAAUUGAUAUUUUAUGUAAUAUUUCUUUUAUUAUUAUUGGAAUUGUUCUUCAUACAAAUGAUCAAACUGAUAAAGAAUUUCUUAAAUAUGCACAAUGUCAUUGGAAAUUUGAAGAAGAAAAGAAUAAAUUUCAAUUUAGUGAUAAUUGGGGAAUUAUUCAAAAAGAUAGAGAAUAUAUUAAAGAAAAUGAAAGUAGUGAUACAGAUUAUGAUUUAUAUUCUUUAAAAGAAAUUCCUCAUACCCUUUUUGCGGUUCAUAAUGAUAGAGUAUUAAAAAUAAUGAUUUGGAAUGAACAAAAGAAAAAAUAA